AUGCCAGGAGACAUCCCGUGGUGCUUCGUGGUCCUCUUCGCUGUGUGCCUGGAAUGCCUGGCCCAGAAUUUCGGACAGACCCGUUUCAUUUGUACUUCGGUGCCAGUAGAUAUGGACAUGUGUACCUCUGUUCAAAGCAGCGGCAGCGCUGAGGACCUCAAGACCAAUGUGUUGCAGCUCCGUGAGACCGUGCUGCAACAGAAGGAAACCAUUAUGAACCAGAAGGAGACUAUCCGGGAACUGACCACCAAACUGGGCAGGUGUGAAAGCCAGAGUUUGCUGGAGAGCGGACCCAAUGAAGCCAAACCUGGAGCAGGCAGAAAACAGUCAGGCUCUGGGAAAAAUACCAUGGGGGAUUUGUCCAGAACCCCUGCUGCAGAGACUCUCAGUCAACUCGGGCAAACUUUGCAGUCUCUCAAAACCAGACUAGAGAACCUUGAGCAGUACAGUAGACUCAAUUCUUCAAGUCAGACCAACAGCCUUAAGGACAUGUUGCAGAGCAAGAUCGAUGACCUAGAGAAGCAAGUUUUGUCUCGGGUGAAUAGUCUGGAGGAAGGGAAGUUGAACCCUAAGAAUGAGACUGAGGAAAGGGUCAAGAUAGAGAGCACUCUAACAUCUCUCCACCAAAGGAUCAGUGACCUGGAGAAAGGUCAAAAAGACAAUAGGCCUGGGGACAAGUUCCAGCUCACAUUCCCACUUCGAACCAACUAUAUGUAUGCCAAGGUGAAAAAAAGUCUUCCAGAAAUGUAUGCCUUCACUAUCUGCAUGUGGCUAAAAUCAAAUGCCUCUCCUGGAGUGGGGACACCAUUCUCCUAUGCUGUGCCAGGCCAGGCCAAUGAGCUGGUCCUCAUUGAAUGGGGGAAUAACCCUAUGGAGAUCCUCAUAAAUGACAAGGUGGCCAAGCUGCCUUUUGUUAUCAAUGAUGGUAAGUGGCAUCACAUCUGUAUCACCUGGACCACACGAGAUGGUGUCUGGGAGGCCUACCAGGACGGCACUCAAGGAGGCAAUGGAGAGAACCUGGCACCCUACCACCCAAUCAAGCCACAGGGUGUUCUUGUGUUGGGCCAAGAGCAGGAUACUCUGGGUGGUGGGUUUGAUGCCACACAAGCUUUCGUUGGUGAAUUGGCUCAUUUCAACAUCUGGGACCGAAAACUCACUUCUGGAGAGAUCUACAACCUGGCCACUUGCAGCACCAAAGCUCUCUCUGGGAACGUCAUUGCCUGGGCUGAGACCAACAUUGAUAUCUAUGGUGGGGCCACAAAGUGGACUUUUGAAGCUUGCCGUCAGAUCAACUAA